GUUUGUCAUGGCAACUCACAUUUCUUUUGAAAAAUCAAGGUUGUUCGUAUGUGUUGCAUCGUACCACGGUCGAGUCAUCUAAAACAACGCUUUGCUAGUGAAAGCAAUGCUCUGAACCAUCAUGAUACGACUUCGUACAAUCAUUAUUAUGGGGACUGUAAACAAGAAAUAACUUCACAUCGCAACUCAGGAUUUGUAUCAAAUGUACGACCAUCGCUUCUAUAUAACUGCAAAGUACACGCGAAGAAUAAACCAGACUUAAGAAGUAUAACUAAUAAUAACUACAUUUAUACAACUCAUAAAGAUUUCUUGCCAUAUAUUAUGCCAUCUGGAAAGGAAUUCCUACCUUAUCUUAUAAAUGAGCCAUUGAAAGAAAAUGAGGAUUCAAGCGUAUUUUCCGCGAAAAUCGAAUUUCCUGACAAGAACGUUAAGAAUAUUCUUACCCCAACACUGCCAAGGGGAUAUCUUCUACCAAGAAAAACAGAUUUCCAUAUUGGCAAAGUUAAAAAUCUCCUUCAUGGCCCCGAUACACAUUCAACAACAUACAUGGUCGAUUAUAGUCAAAUUGAACCAAGACGGAACGACAUGUUCAAUGUUACUAUCGGUCGCAAAGAAGAAUCUGGACCUACUCGUAGUACGAGCAAUUUUAACCCAAUCAACAACUGUUUUGGACACUCGUUUAAACCUGGACAAUCUAGUUGGAAAACUGAUGAAUCAACAGAAAAAUCUGUUUACAUGAGUGACUUUGGAGAUUUUUAUCAUCAAAACAGUUCUGAGCCUUUUCCAUAUUGGUUAGACAACUCAUUAUACCAGAAACCAGAUCAUUAUUUUGUUAAAAAUAAGCAUUGGCCUGAAUCUAAGAGUCACUCAUAUAGCGUUUAUGAUCAUCCUGAGGACUUGCCCGAAGAACGUUUAAAAAACUUAAAGAAAACGGAUUUAGCCGAAUAUCAGAAUGUGAUUCACAGAUCUAUAGAACCAAGUAUGUCAAAGGGCUCACAUACCGGUUUACAACAUCACCCCAAAUCAUCAGCUGAAAUGUUGGGUAGAGUGACAAUCGGUCCAUUAGAACCUGGUGGUUCAACCUUGAAUGCAUCUGGAUACGUUCAAAGUCAAGAUCUGCCACGUGAUCGCUUUGUAACACACAACAUGACUCGAUUCUACUGUCCACCACCUGGUCAAGAUAAAAAAGACCGUGAAGGACAUAUUCAAUUUAAUACACAACCUUCCAAUGGAUCAGCAACUUACAGAUCAGUAUUUUGAAGACCGAACGCCAUUGAUCGGUGAAUUGCGUAGUUUCAAUCCCUACCAAUCAAAGUAAGUCUAUUUAAAUUCCAAAAUUUUACUUAUCAAUACAGAACAUUAUAAACUGUUAAUGUCAGCUUUAUCAGCUCGAAAUAAUCCGAACUGUAUGUAGUCACAAAUCAUAUUUUCUAAUGCUUUCAAUAGCUUCAAACAUUUACACAGUGGAUUUUUUAAACUUCACAUUCCUUAUGCUGCACAAGAAUCACAAAUCAACUGGAUUGUAGUUAAAAUGCAAUGAACGCGAACUCAAGUGCACUUGUUGGUUUUAUCACUUCGUUAAAAAUAACUGAAUGAUUAAAACUUUUCGCAAAAGUCUAGAAUCCAUUUGACAACAUACAGACAUACGAAUAAAUUUGAUAUCUGUUUGUUGGCAGUGAAAAGUAAUUUGCCAAGAAAUACACUUCUCAAUCCGCAAACGAAGAAUAUUAUCUGACUUUCUGUGUACCUUUUACAUUUCUGGCCAUAAUAUUAAUUGAAUUUUAACAAA